AUGCGGGGACGCAUCCAACAACUGCAAUUCUACGAUGUCAGCGCAGCUCUCCCUUCCCUCCUUCAAAAAUUCAUGGAUUACAACACCGGCCUUCCAGCCAUCGUUAACAGCCCCGACGACGCCGUCCCCUGGGACAUCAAGUUAGAUUGCGAAGCGAUCCUCUUCCGCUGGCAACGUGGGGACUUCGACCCGAAUUUACUCCGUGGCAUCAUGACUGCUGAACGCAACAGAUCCGCCCGCAAACUCGACCCCACCUACAAAUUCAAACGAGACAGCAUCGUUGUCGGCGACAACCACCUGCGCAACGGCCAAUGGUUCCCGCUGCAAAUCACCACAAUCCGCGACGGCGCCCACGGCGAAAUGGAAGCAGGCAUCUCCGGCCGCAACAAGGUCGGCGCCGUCUCCAUCAUCCUUAGCUCGGCGGGGAAAGGGUACCCAGACGUCGACCAGGGGGAUACCAUCGCCUACUGCGGCACGCACGGCAAGGAUGGCCAGAUAUCCGCGGGCACGAACCUGCUGAUCGAAUCACAUGCGAACCGGACGCCCAUCCGCGUCCUGCGCAGCUCGAAGCUGCCCAAGAUUAACCCUUAUCGUCCCGUUGCCGGGUUCCGGUACGACGGGCUCUAUGAGAUUCAUGGCGUGGACGUGCUGGAUUCGCAGACGAUGUUGCACCGGUUUAAAUUGCGGAGGAUCGCGGGGCAGACGCCUAUUCGAUACCAGGGGGAGGAGAGGCGGCCGACGGUGAGGGAGGUGGAAGAGUGGAGGAUUCUCCAGAAUCUUGAUGCGAGUUCGAAGCUGAAGUAG